CACGCAACGAGCUGUCACGUACCAUGAUUGCUCAGAAUUACUGUUCCGAUCGAGCAGCAAUUCUAUACGGACAUUGCGGCCGCAGCCGGUGAAACGGCGUUGAACCCAUCGUGCCGUUCAUCUGAAACUUGGAGUGCCGCUGCUUGCCGGGACGGACCGCAACCUCUGAACAACAAAGAGCCGAAGAAGACUCGGGAACUAUUUCCAUUGCUUUAUGCUUCACAGAGAUCGGAUAUCAUAAAAAAAAGUAGGACGCAAUGCAAGCGACGGUGCCUGCCAAGGCCGACGAACCGGACGAUCAUCUGGACGACAACGAAGACGCACCCUUUCUUUCAGGUAGCUCGUCGCCGCGCUCCCCGCGACCACAAUCCCAACCUUCUUCUAGCCGUCGUGAAAACCAUGCCUUUCGAGAGAAGCUACGGAUCCGAUUGAUGAUCACCCUUUUCGCUAUCAUUCUCUUUGUUGAAACCGGCAACGCCAUGACCCAAGGACCGCAAACCCGCAUCACCGAGUCUAUUGCCUGCCGAAAUUAUUACCAAGAGACAGACCCUUCCCAAAUCGGUCCCGAUGGCCAAAUACCAGAAGAACAAUGCAAGAACUCGGUCAUUCAGGGUGAAAUUGCCAUAGUCAAGGGCUACAUGGAGCUUUUUGACGGGGUAGCGAGUAUUUUACUCGCCCUGCCGUACGGAUUGCUGGCCGACCGCAUUGGACGCAAGCCAACUAUCCUUUUGAGCAUACCUGGUUUUCUGCUGAACAUGGCUAUGAUGGGCAUUGUACUAUGGUGGUCAGAUAUCUUUCCGCUUCGUGCUAUAUGGUUGUCAGCGAUUGCUUGGCUGUUUGGUGGCGGCCUUGUCGUGGCCGCCGCAGUGGUGUGGACAAUGAUGACUGAUGUGACUACUGAAGCGCAGCGAUCCGCCAUGUUCUUCCAAUUCGGUGUUGCUGUAAUGGGAUCGGAGUUUAUCUCCAAUUCAAUUGGCUCAUGGCUCAUGUUGUACAAUCCCUGGAUCCCAAUGCUUAUCGGCUGGGGAACUGUCCUCGUCGGCGUCUGCCUGGGUCUUACAUUACCCGAGACGAAGAACGCUUUCCCCUCCGAGGUGGAACAAAAACCUGGAGAGUAUGAACUAUCUGGCAUACACACUGACGACGAUGAGGAAUCUUCGGCAUCUUUCCACAAACCUGAAGAAAUAAACAGUCCCCGGAAUUCAAGAUGGCAGCAGGCAGUUUCCGGCAUCAAGGCAUACGCCUUUCUUCUGGAAAGCAAGCAGGUGAUGCUCCUUUGUUCUGCAUUUCUUGUCUACAAGCUCAGUCGUGGGACAUCCUGGUUUUUGGUGCAGUAUGUCUCGGUUCGGUACGGCUGGAAACUGGCAGCCGCCAACAUGCUAGUCUCCUUAAAAUCGAUUCUUAUGGUCGCUCUUUUGCUUGUUGUCUUGCCAUUAGCAUCGUGGUACCUACAGAAAAAGAAAGGCAUCGACGGCCGAACAAAGGAUUUAAUGCUUACCAAAGCGAGUGUCAUGUGCCUCUUUGUUGGCACUCUAGGUAUGGGCCUUGCGCCUCAUGUGUCUGUUGUGAUCAUAUUCCUCAUUGUACAGACUAUGGGUGCUGGGUUUGUAUAUACAACACGUGCAGUCGUCACAACGAUGCUUAAACGCGAAGAAACAGCCAGGGCUUAUGUCAUGAUUGAAAUCAUUCAAGCUUUUGGGAUGAUUAUUGCCAGUCCUACGAUGACGAACUUUUUCAACUGGGGACUGAAAUUGGGGGGGGUUUGGACUGGAUUAGCUUGGAUGGUUGCUGCUGCCCUGUUCGCCGUCGUUGGUGUGAUUAUAUGGAAAGUCAGACUUCCUCCUCUCCCCACUACACAUGAAGAUUAGAUUUAUUGGCCACUUUAUAUGUACAAAAGUUUGCUGUAUAUUGCCAUAUCACUGCAUUGCACCUCGGCGUCUAGGGAUAUGUUUGAUUUUAUUUGCACCAUUUCUUUGAUAAUGUUCUGAGUUCUUAGUCACUUUAUAUUGGAACCCCUGAUAUAAUGACUUGGAAUUCAUAUCGAACUUUGGGUCAUGCAUAUAAAGCAAUUUAAAUGAAGAUAGACGUAACUUAUUGUUUGUGAUGAAACAAAUUAUUACAAUAGCUACAUGUAUGACCAAACAAAUAAUGGCUUCUUUGCCAUUGGCCCUUUA